AUGGCGGAUCCUACUACGUCCACAACGCAACUACAACCAAGACGCUCCUCGUCACAAACAUCCUCAUCAUCUCACAAAAGCCAAAAGGCUAAUAGCAACGGAAAUGGGAAAACAACAACUCGCCCAAAACAGACUACGAAACGACACUCGGCUGUGUCUGUCGUGUCCUCGAAUACCGCUGCGUCGGGAACUCCUGCUGAUUUGACUUCCUUCCCUUCCCUGUCGCCGGAUAGUUCGCCGAAAGAAUUGCGCAGUCAAUCUGAUAUGGACGGCGUGUUUGGACAGGCGACUGCUACACUGACGGAACAGCAACGACACCAGAAUGAAGAGGAGAGUCGCCGAGCGGUGAUACGCGGUAGACAGGCAGCUCUGGAAAGACUCACAUCUUCACUCUCGCAGGGAUCAGGUCGUCCUGCUUUAUUCGAUGAUUCGUUUUCGACGUCCGAGGUUCCAGGGGCGUUGCACUUGGCUGAUACGAUCCAUAUAGAACAUUUGGUGGAGAAGAAUGGUGCUGUGAAGCUAGUCCGGCAAUUCGCGCGUGACCUUGCAGUGAGAGAUGCUGAGAUUUCGAAAUUGCGAAGGAGGGCUGAUGCCCGAGAACGCGAGCUUAAGCGAAUGCUUCGAGAUGUUGGAGUUUCUAGUCAGGAUAUUGAACGGCGUUUAUAUGAUUUGGAAAAUCCCUCGCCGAAAAUUGAGUCUCCUGCGGAGCCGGAUGGUAUCCAUAAGCUGGUAACAAAAUCUAGUAUCAAUGGGCUCAUGGGCCAGGCCAUGCGAGACCCUGUGGGCGAGUUUGAUUCUGACGAUACGGAUCUACAAGCGACACUUCGACCGCAUCGGAAUGAUAGUGAUGCAAAGUCGGGAACCUCGAGCAUAGAGUCUGGUACCCAGAGGAGACAGGGAACUGUCCGUAUAUGGCAGGAUUAUAUUUUUGGAACUGUUAGCGACAGUCGUAGGACCAGCCGAGGUAGUAGCGUGGCAACGGAUGCAGACGAUAUUGACGAAGUCGCUGGGGCUCCUCGAAUUACAUCGAACAAUACGUCUGGUCGUCGAAAGGGGUUAGAUGAGAGGCUAUUCCAACCUCCGACUAGCCGUGCAUCUUCACCGGCGGGAGUGAAACUCUCAAAUGCUGGAGACACAUCUAGCUUACAUUCGCGAAAGUCCUCCAAAUCUGUCUCUUCUUGGACGGUCAAAUUAUUUGCAGGUGGCUCUCAGAACAAGGAUGCUCAGGGUGCGUCCAGUGCAGAUCGGAGCCGAGCAUCUUCUCUAGGGGAGGAUAAACUCAAAAACAUUUCUAAAGCGUCAUCAAAUCUUACCGGGAAGAAUGGGCUUUCCGCCGUGGCUGCUUUGAAGCGCAUUAACAGCUAUAGCGGGGCCAAUGGUCUUCCUAACGCCUCUACGACUUCUGCGCCUAGCAGGUUAGGUCUUCAACGACGUGUCACGGGAUCAAAUGUACCUCAAAUCCCCAAUGCAGACCGCAGCAACGGUGCGGUAGCAACUAAUCUCGGCCCUGUUGAAAUGGAUGCUAUUCUUCCUAUGGAGUCUCGACCACCAGCUCUGAGCGAAUACAACUUCAACUACCAAUCAGACGGUUUGUUGACGGAUCGUUUUGGUUUUAUAUACGAUCAGCGGCGGAAAAAAAGACAAAAAGAAGCUGCUUUGUUGAGGAAAACUGCCAACAGAAAGAGCCUUACCGAGACGAUCAAUAGCCAUCGCAGCGGUGACCUCACCGAGGAAGGUGAAGAGGAAGAGCAGACAGGGCUUGGCUUAACGAUUCCAGAUCAGUUAGAAACCCCAAUUUCAGUCGAUGAAGUCGAUAACGAAAGUUCAGUCACGAAGCGUUGGCAAGACUAUCUUCGUAUUGCAACACGACCAACGGAACUGCUAUCACAUACACCUUCCACCGCACCGAUCAUUGGUGUUUCUGCUUCUGAUGAACCUCCUAAGAGAGUGGCAUCUACUGUUGCUCUUGACAAGGCUGGAGCGCCGUCAGUCAGUCCGAAUUCACAACCGACAUCCUCAACUUCGACUAUUGUAGCAGAUUCGCCUGAAUUUGCCAAUGUAGCGGCUCGGUCACAGACAACCACGAUCAGCGUACCUAACGAGCAGGAGCCGGUCAAACUUUUACUGGAGCAGUUGACUGAACUUCACGAUGUCCUUCAGCGCGAAAGAACGGCUAGAUGGAAUGAAUUUCUUCGUAAAGUCCGCGCAGAACGCCGUCGGGAAGGUGAAGCCGCUGCAGCACAGGAUCCUGAACGUGCCAGCAUGUCGCUAAACAUGCCUGAAGCUACCUUGGCUGAUGGUGAAGUUGUUGGUAUCGCAGGCCUGGGCAACAAGGGUAAAGUUGGACGGAAUAAGUGGCGAGAAUUUCGGUCGUUGGUCCUCUCCGGUAUUCCGGUCGCCCAUCGUCCAAAGAUUUGGGCAGAAUGCAGCGGGGCUUCAGCGAUGCGUAUCCCUGGGUAUUAUGACGAUCUGGUCAAUAUGGUUAAUGUUGUUGACGUCGACCCUACUAUCGUUGCGCAGAUCGACAUGGAUAUUCAUCGUACGUUGACCGACAAUGUGUUCUUCCGGAACGGACCUGGCGUGGCGAAGCUACGAGAUGUUUUGCUAGCUUACUCUCGUCGUAAUCCUGAGGUUGGGUAUUGUCAAGGAAUGAAUCUCAUUGCUGGUUCUCUCCUAUUGACUACGCCAACGGCUGAGGAUGCAUUCUGGAUCAUGACAUCAAUGAUUGAGAAUAUCCUGCCUCAACAUUAUUAUGACCACGGUCUGCUUGCAUCUCGAGCAGACCAGCAAGUCUUACGUCAAUACAUUACAGAAGUCCUUCCUCGACUCUCUGCCCAUCUGGACGAACUUGGUGUCGAGCUAGAGGCUUUGACUUUCCAAUGGUUCUUAUCCGUGUUUACCGAUUGUCUAUCCGCCGAAGCCUUGUAUCGUGUCUGGGACGUAGUUUUGUGUCUAAAUGUCACUAGCACAACUCGAGAAAGAGCGACACCAACAGCUACUACAACUGGACCGAAGAAAGUCUCAGAAGAUGACGCCGCAGCUGCAAGUGGAGGUGGCAGCACAUUCUUGUUUCAAGUUGCAUUGGCUUUAUUGAAACUAAACGAGCAACAACUCCUGACAACCUGCCAGACACCUGCUGCAGUUUAUACCUAUGUCAACCAUCAAAUGACCAACCAUGCAAUCAGUAUUGAUGGUCUGAUCCAAGCAUCCGAGGCGUUGAGGAAUGUGAUUCGGAGGGAAGAUGUCGUUUCCAGGCGAGCAGCUGCUUUGAGACAGAUGAAGAACGACGGAUACUCUUAUCAAAGCUCAAACAAUUCCGAUGAAUGAUCCCCUUUCCCAGCGACAGAGCUUCACUCCUUAGAAUUUUUCCUUUGUUUGUUUGCAAUACACUAUACCACUUUAUUUCCAAUCCUUCAGCGCCAUUUUCAGUUUGCAUCAGGCGGGCUCUUUUUUUUUUACCGAGAUGGGAAGUACACGCAAAAGCAUACAAUGAUACCCAACUCUUUUUAGUAUUCUUGCCUGUUUUUCCAAGCGCAUUUGGGGAUUGUGGUUUUUGGGAGUCGUGAGAUGCUGCAUUUUUGGGAGUCAAUAUCAUAACAUAAGUUACUAGACUGAUUGAAUUU